CCCCCUCGGCGGGCGCGACAGGUCCGCUGGCCGGGCGAACAGGAAGCUCUGGGGUUCUGCCGUGGGAAGACGGUGUGUGCGUUCCUCGCCUUAGAGAGAGCGGAGCCGCCAGGGCGCACCGCGCCCCGGGUAUCCCCCGAAAGCAGGAAGGAAGGUGGGGGUGGGGCGCGGCGAGCCCGAGGUGGACCCGCCUGUGUCUCUACAGUAGGAAUCGUCCUUGGAGAAGAUGGAAGGGGAGAAGCGGCAGGAGCCCUACGCGGGCCUAUUUGCGGACGGGCACCUGAUCCUAUGGACGCUGUGCUCGGUGCUGCUGCCCGUGUUCAUCACCUUCUGGUGCAGCCUUCAGCGGUCGCGCCGGCAGCUGCACCGCAGGGACAUCUUCCGUAAGAGCAAGCAUGGGUGGCGCGACACGGACCUGUUCAGCCAUCCCACCUACUGCUGCGUGUGUGGGCAGCACAUCUUGCAGGGCGCCUUCUGCGAUUGCUGCGGGCUGCGUGUGGACGAGGGCUGCCUCAAGAAGGCCGACAAGCGUUUCCAAUGCAAGGAGAUCAUGCUCAAGAAUGACGGCAGGGCCCUGGAUGGCAUGGCUCACCACUGGAUCCGGGGCAACGUCCCCCUGUGCAGCUACUGUGUGGUUUGCAAGCAGCAGUGCGGCAGUCAGCCAAAGCUCUGCGAUUACAGGUGCAUCUGGUGUCAGAAAACAGUCCAUGACGAGUGCAUGAAAAGUAGCUUAAGGAGUGAAAAGUGCGAUUUUGGAGAAUUCAGAAACCUCAUCAUUCCACCGAGUUAUUUAACCUCCAUUAAUCAGAUGCGUAAGGACAAAAAAACAGACUAUGCAAUGCUAGGCUCUAAGCUUGGAAAGCAGUGGACUCCGUUAAUAAUCCUGGCCAACUCUCGCAGUGGAACGAACAUGGGAGAAGGGCUGUUGGGAGAAUUCAGGAUUCUUCUAAACCCAGUCCAGGUUUUCGAUGUCACUAAAACGCCCCCGAUCAAAGCCCUGCAACUCUGUGUGCUUCUUCCUCAUUACUCAGCUCGAGUCCUUGUCUGCGGAGGGGAUGGCACUGUGGGCUGGGUACUGGACGCAGUUGACGAGAUGAAGAUCAAGGGGCAGGAAAAAUACAUCCCACAAGUCGCCGUCCUACCUCUGGGAACGGGCAACGAUCUGUCCAAUACGCUGGGCUGGGGCACAGGUUACGCGGGGGAAAUCCCAGUCACGCAAGUCUUACGCAAUGUGAUGGAAGCAGACGGAAUCAAGCUGGACAGAUGGAAAGUCCAAGUAACAAGUAAAGGAUACUACAACCUGAGAAAACCCAAGGAAUUCACAAUGAACAACUAUUUUUCUGUUGGACCAGAUGCCCUCAUGGCUCUCAAUUUUCAUGCUCAUCGUGAGAAGGCACCGUCUCUGUUUUCUAGCAGAAUUCUUAAUAAGGCUGUUUACUUGUUCUACGGAACCAAAGACUGCUUAGUGCAAGAAUGUAAAGAUUUGAAUAAAAAAGUUGAGCUAGAACUGGAUGGUGAGCGAGUAGAACUGCCUAAUUUGGAAGGGAUUAUAGUUCUGAACAUUGGAUACUGGGGCGGCGGCUGCAGACUGUGGGAAGGGAUGGGAGACGAGACUUACCCCCUAGCCAGGCAUGACGACGGUUUACUGGAGGUCGUUGGAGUGUACGGGUCCUUCCACUGCGCUCAGAUCCAGGUGAAACUGGCAAACCCUUUCCGAAUAGGACAAGCACACACAGUGCGGCUGAUCUUGAAGUGCUCGAUGAUGCCCAUGCAGGUGGAUGGGGAGCCCUGGGCCCAAGGGCCCUGCACCGUCACCAUAACUCACAAGACACACGCACUGAUGUUGUAUUUCUCCGGAGAACAAACGGAUGAUGACAUCUCUAGUGCUUCAGAUCAAGAGGACGUGAAGGAAACCGAGUAGCUGGAUGAGGAAAUGAACGCUUCUUCAAACGGAAUCCGCACAAACACGUAAAUGCACAUUCAUCCGAAAGCAGAAGCUCUCCACCGACUCUUUAGUCUGCAUGUCACCAGUAGUGAAAUGAACAUGCAUCUCUGUAAAUAGCAUUCCAAACACAGCCAAACAUCUGUUGUUUACUAGGCCUGUUUGGGGCAGGGAGGGGUUCUUUUGGUUUUUUGUUUUUGGUUUAACAAAACACGUGGAUCGUAUAGUGCUCAUUUUAAAAAGUCACAGAACUUUACAUGGAGGUGAGAUGUUGUUUCCGUGGCUUUGUGCUGGAGACCAGGCUCCCUGAAGGCAGCCCCGCACCUCCUUAUUCCUGAACCGCGCGUCUGCUGAGCACGUCACACACGCGGCGAGGUGUGGGUGGAACCACUCCUAUGUUCAUUUUUAAUGUGGUGACAUCGCAACAUUUAAGAAGUUAACUUGCUGCUUUGAAAGGAGAUGGCUGGUUUCCAGCCAGCACGGCCAGUGCAGGGCCCUCCCGGCAGCCUCUUAAGGCUUCCUACAGCCCCGCACACGUGGGUCCAUAAAUAACUGAUUUCCAAGGAAGCCGAAAAAGGAGAAAUGUCAAAGAAAGACGAUAUUUAACAUUUUUGUCAUAGUUUUUAUUUUAGGAGCAAUUUCGGACUCCAAAUGUUGUUUGUUUAGCCCAGGUAGCGACCAUGUUGAGCUGCUGAAAUUGAGCAUCUUGUUUAUAACGCAGAAUGGCCAGAAGAGGACCACACAGGUGAACUGGUAAAGACCAACACUCAGAAGACUUUGGAUUGGAAGUUAUAGGUUCGAAGCCGGACAGUUAGUUCUCCAACUUUUCUUUUCAUUAAAGGACAAUAUCAGCAAUUCAAAAAAUGUACUAAAGAAAGUUUACUAUUCAUAAUAAUUGUUCAAAAACAGUUCAAAAAUAAUUGAUAAGUUUUUAAAAUUCAGUGAUCUUACAGUAGUUUGAAUACAGUAGUCUUUCAUAGCCAAAAUGCUUAACAGAGCCUCCCCUUGGGGAAGUGACAGAAUCCUCUGCUAAAAUGUUUCUAUCGUAUUUAUUUUAAAAUGAGAUAUAUUUUUUUACUUAUUUAUUUUCUUUAUUGUGGCAACCUAUGUUUAGUGUUUACAAUAUAUGGCUUUAUUUUAAUAAGUUAAAUUGAUCGCAUAAAUUCUAGUCACAGUCAGCUAGAAAUGUAGCCUAUUGAUUAAGUAAUUAAAACCCGUAAGUUAA